AUGCUCAGUGACCUGGACGAAUCGACCAAGUUUUCGCCGCGGACGCCGGCCGACUCACUCGUUCACUGCAACGACUCCCGCCGCCAAGCGCUGACCUCGGAAUUACUCGCUCUCUCUAGCCUUGAAGCUUUCUCGCACCCCUUUUCGAGUUUCAAAAAGAUAUACGCCUUUAAAGGUUGACUGGACCUGAGCCAAUCGGAGACCGAUCUCACGGCCGAGUGCGUCGAGCUUCGGAAUCUUGCGCGGUUAGCUGAUAGGCUCGACUUCACGUUCGCGCGCGCCAACGCUCCUUUCCCUCUCGCCACUCACUCGCACCACUCGCACCACUUGACCCGACUCGGACUCGGCACUGAUCGCACCACGCUACACCUCGACGUCACAUGCUUUCACAUCGCUCACAUGCGCCAUGCAAUCAGCAAGAUGCACCUCGAUCUCUCCCAACUACAGCUCGACGUGUCACCUCAACCCGACUGA